GUCCCGGCGGCGGGAGCGGGAGAGAGGGAGGCGGCGGGCGCGGCCGGAGCGGCUUCAGCCUCGGCUUGAGGGCUGAGGCGGAGAAGGCGGCGGCGGCGGCGGCGGCGGCGGCGGUGGCGAGGCGGCGAAGGUGAUGGCGACGCGGGGCCCAUGAGGCGGCGGCCAGCGGGACGGGCCGAGGCCCGGCGGAGGAGGCGGCUUCGGGGGCGCCCACCGCCGGUUUAUACACCUGGCGCCAGGGGAGGCCAGAAGAGGAUCCUGAUUCCCCUGGAACUGGAGUUACAGAUUGUUGUGAGCCGCUAUGUGGAUGCUGCAAAUUAAACCUGAGUCCUCAUAGAAGCAACAGCACCGCUCUAAACCGCUGCACCAGCUCUCCAGCCCCUGGUCCUGACCUCCUGAUCACCCUGCCUUGUCACCCCACUAGUUUAACGUCAUGUGUCAGCUUUUCACAUAGAGAAUUUGGGAAAGUAACAAACAAAGUACAGAAUCUGGAAGAAGGUUUUGGGUAACAGGAGUUCUGGUUAACAGGGCAAACCAAUUCCACCACCAUGAGUUGGAGCUUCCUGACUCGCCUGCUAGAGGAGAUCCACAACCAUUCAACAUUUGUGGGGAAGAUCUGGCUCACUGUGCUGAUUGUGUUUCGAAUUGUCCUAACUGCUGUGGGAGGAGAGUCCAUCUACUAUGAUGAGCAAAGCAAAUUUGUGUGCAACACAGAGCAGCCGGGCUGUGAGAAUGUCUGCUAUGACGCCUUUGCCCCGCUCUCCCACGUGCGCUUCUGGGUGUUCCAGAUCAUCCUGGUUGCGACUCCCUCUGUCAUGUACCUGGGCUAUGCUAUUCAUAAGAUUGCCAAGAUGGAGCACGGUGAGGCAGACAAGAAGGCAGCUCGGAGUAAACCCUAUGCCAUGCGUUGGAAACAGCACCGGGCCCUGGAAGAAACGGAAGAAGACCAUGAAGAGGAUCCUAUGAUGUAUCCAGAGAUGGAGUUAGAAAGCGAAAAAGAAAAUAAAGAGCAGAGCCAAUCCAAACCUAAGCAUGAUGGCCGCCGACGAAUUCGGGAGGAUGGGCUCAUGAAAAUCUACGUGUUGCAGCUGCUGGCCAGGACUGUGUUUGAGGUAGGCUUUCUAAUAGGGCAGUACUUCCUGUACGGCUUCCAAGUCCACCCAUUCUAUGUGUGCAGCAGGCUUCCUUGCCCUCAUAAGAUAGACUGCUUUAUUUCUAGACCCACUGAAAAGACCAUCUUCCUUCUGAUAAUGUAUGGGGUCACAGGCCUCUGCCUAUUGCUUAACAUUUGGGAGAUGCUUCAUUUAGGGUUUGGGACCAUUCGAGACUCACUAAACAGUAAAAGGAGGGAACUUGAUGAUCCGGGUGCUUAUAAUUAUCCUUUCACUUGGAAUACACCAUCUGCUCCCCCUGGCUAUAACAUUGCUGUCAAACCAGAUCAAAUCCAGUACACUGAGUUGUCCAAUGCUAAGAUUGCCUACAAGCAAAACAAAGCCAAUAUCGCCCAGGAACAGCAGUACGGCAGCCACGAGGAGCACCUCCCAGCUGAUCUGGAGACUCUGCAGCGGGAGAUCAGAAUGGCUCAGGAGCGCUUGGAUCUAGCAAUCCAGGCCUACCAUCACCAAAACAAUCCCCAUGGUCCUCGGGAAAAGAAGACCAAAGUGGGGUCCAAAUCUGGGUCCAACAAAAGCAGUAUUAGUAGCAAAUCAGGGGAUGGGAAGACUUCCGUCUGGAUUUAAUCUUGGUUGGGCUUAAAACUUGGGUUUUCAUAGUUUAUGGUAAGCAGCAGCUUGCUGAAUAAUGACUUCCAUUGAGUAAACACUUGGCUCUGGUUAUCUUCAGGGAUACUGUUGGCUCAUGAUCCAAACUCAGGGGACUCUGAAGGUGGAGCUGGGUGAGUCGGGAGAGGGAAACACAGUGAUCCCAGGCACACGCUCUCAGCAGUGAUGCAGUUGCAGAACUUUAGGUUUGUGUCUUCCAGAUCCAGAGAAGAACAGAUAUAUUUAAAUCAUUCUUGUUGAACAGUUUUUGUAUGUACAGUAUUAUGGUACAUUUUUUUUUAGUACGAUAACUUUUUUUUGUAUUUGUACAUUGGACUGCUGUAGUUACACUUUUUUAUAUUAAAGGAAAAAAAUCCUUGUAAAUAAUGUCUGUUAAAGGGUAAUGUUAUUACUUUGUUUAGCAAAUAUCUUGUGAUUGGAAUUUCAGUAGAUGGUACACUUAAUAAAAGUGUCUCUUGUGUUUCAGGAAAGAUUUAAGAUCUAUCUAUAGGGAAAUUGAGGGAGAAACACCAGUCUUCAUGUGUUUGGAAGAAGAUCCCUGUGAGAAAGAGGUUGAGAUCUUUCUUCUACCUGAGAGAUCUUGGAAUCUCCUUCCUGUUAGCAGAGUUGUGGCCGUUCUUGGAAAAUGUUUCCAAAGGAAGUCAGUGACUUGCUGCAGAUUUCCUUUAGUCACCCAGCAUAACUGCUGUGUGCUUUGAUGGUGUGUCUCUGACUUAAAAGACUGAUACACAAGUAUGCCCCUGGUCAGAUAGCAAUGUGUCACACUGAUGGGCCUGACAGUGCUGAGGUCUAAGCAGAGGCAUGCCCAACACCUGGAGAACGAACCAUGGGAAGUUAAGUUGUGAAGCUGUUCCGCUGGCCCUAAAAUCUUUGUCCAGAAACCAGACUCUGGUUUCUGAAAAAGCUGGUCAUGAAAAUUUUCUGUAUUUGUUAACAUUAGAAAUACAAACAAAAUUUCUUAAGAGUACUCAAAGCUGCUUAUACUGAAAAUGGCAAAAGGCCUGAAUCCAGAUUUUUUUUUUUUAAGAUUUGUUUAUUAUUAUAAAUGAGUACACUGUAGCUGUCUUCAGAACACCAGAAGAGGGUGUCAGAUUUCAUUAUGGGUGGUUGUGAGCCACCAUGUGGUUCCUGGGAUUUGAACUCACGACCUUCAGAAUAGCAGGUGCUCUUACCAGGUGAGUCAUCUCACCAGCCCCCAGAUGCUUUGUUUUAACAGCAUGCUGUAAAAUGGGUACGAGUUGCUCGUGUCUGCCAGUGUGGUUUCUAUCUGAAUGGCCAGUCUUUGAAAUGAGCUCAGUGUUUAUUCCCUAUUAGCAUAUAUAUUUGUUAUGGCAAGGGUUGAUGUGCAUAAAACUAAUAAUUUGCAGUGUUUUCUUUCCUUCUUUAAUCUUACAUCACAUUGGAAAGGUUUAUCUUCCCAUCAAACUCCUGUUUGUCUGGAAGUGCGGAGUCUCUCUCUGCACACAACGUGGUACCAUGAGGAGAGCUUUAGACCAGCAGCAAGCAUUUUGUGUGGGUGUCUUGCUCUUUCUAAUAGAAAGCUUUUGCAAAGUCAUCUCUCAUUUUGAAAUUCUGAAAGUAUUAUGUUUUGUUUCUUAAAUCUGAAGUAUUACCAGGCAAUAGUGGUGCAAACCUUUAACCCCAGCACUCAGGAGGCAGAGGCCAGCAGAUCUCUGAGUUUGAAGCCAGCCUGGUCUACACAGAGAAACCCUGUCUUAACAAAACAAACAAACAAGCAAUCUGAAAUGCCUGUUCUAUUGUUCACAGCCUUGGAUGGACCCAGUGUGCAUCCAUUUGCCUUUGCGGCUGCCCAUCUCUUCCCCACACCCACCUUACCAUCUAGGCAUUUAUUUAUUUACAUUUGCUUUUUAAAAGAUCUUUAAACUUUGGCCUAGAAAAGAUCCUCAUCGUCCCUAACCUUUUUAGCAGGUGGAGGAGCUAAAGGGAAUUUUUCAAAGAGCAUAUUUUUAUAUAUCAUGAAGGAUAGACAGUCCUUCCAAACCAGUUCACUAAUAGGGAAAUGCGUGUAAUUCUAAUAAGACAGGCACAAUUUUAACCACCUAAGUCUAGUUCAGGUAACCCCCAGUUCUUGCAUUGCUUGCUCAUUUAGCAGACUUCUUGAUUGAAAGACAGAAAGUGCACACACACUCUCAGCCAUCUACCAGAGCCUAGGGGAGAACAGAGUGGCCUGCCAGCAGAGUGGUUGGGAAUUGGGGUGGAGAGGAAGGACUGAACCAGAAAUGCCAGAAAGAACCAGGCAAAGGCAUUGUAUGCCAGGAGCAUUGUUGGCUUCUAACAAUGCCUCUGGCGCUGCUUCUUGACCCAGAAUGAUGAGAAUGUUAUUUAUUUAUUUAUUUAUUUAUUUAUUUUUGGUCUAGCUAAUUCUUCAAGCUUCUCAAAGUCUAUAGAAAGUUAUUCUAGGUCACCUCCUUCUGUUCAUACAUAGUAAAGUUUAUUUUUACCCUCUUGCUAAAGAUUUAGUCAUGACAAGGAUUUCCCAACUCCUCAGGCCUCCUUAGCAUAUUUCUUCCAGAUUUUGAACAUAGACUUUUGCAAAAUACAGCAUUUGCCCCUUAUGGCAGUCUAUGGACCUACAGUAAGAGAAAUGAUCCAGGGCUGGAAAGAAGGGUCAGCAGUUAAAAGCAUAGAAGAUGGGUUCAAAUCCCAGUGCUGCAUGGCAGCUAACAACUGGCUGUAACUUCAGUUCGAGGGGAAUCUUUUGGCCUCUGCAGACACUGCAUGUGUGGCACACAGGCCUGAUAUAGGCAAAAUACCUGUACACAUAAAAAAAUAAAUAAACCUUUACAAAUAAAUGAUUUACAAAAGAAGUCAUGCUCAAAAAAAUAAAAUAAAAUGAUUCUG